GUCUGGGGGUGGGGUAUGCUACAUGUUUCCUGAUGUAGCAACAUCGCGUUUCUCUUGUUUGAAGACGGUCAAGAUGGAGUUCCUUAUGGGAAAUCCGUACAGUACCCCAGUUGGUCAUUGCAUUGAAAGAGCAACUGACGGAUCCCUACCAAGUGAAGACUGGACACUCAACAUGGAAAUAUGUGAUAUUAUCAAUGAAACAGAAGACGGGCCAAAGGAUGCGAUUCGGGCAGUGAAAAAGAGGCUCAAUGGAAAUAGGAACUACAGGGAAGUGAUGCUGGCUUUAACGGUGCUGGAGACUUGCGUAAAGAACUGUGGCCACAGGUUUCAUGCUCUGGUCACUAGCAGGGACUUUGUCGAUGGCGUUCUUGUUAAAAUCAUCUCUCCUAAAAACAACCCUCCAACCAUUGUUCAAGACAAAGUGCUGGCCCUCAUUCAGGCAUGGGCCGAUGCUUUCAGGAGCAGUCCAGAUCUCACAGGCGUUGUCCAAAUUUAUGAGGAGCUGAAGAGAAAAGGCAUUGAGUUUCCCGUGUCGGACUUGGAGACCCUCUCGCCUAUACAUACACCUCAGAGGACCGCAUCUGCACCGGAGGGAGACUCAACUUUACAUAAGUACACCAAUCCUUCCCAACCUGCUCCGCAUGUUCUUCCAGCAGCCUUCACCACACCACAAGUUCCAAACAUUCAACCCACGGGAGCCAUCAACCCAACACCUGAACAGAUUUGCAGAUUGCGCAGUGAGUUGGAUGUUGUUCGGGGGAACACUAAGGUCAUGUCUGAGAUGUUGACUGAGAUGGUCCCGGGAAAAGAGGACACUUCUGAUUAUGAGUUACUACAGGAGCUGAACAGGACAUGUCGAGCCAUGCAGCAGAGGAUAGUGGAGCUCAUAUCCUGUGUCUCCAACGAGGCAGUGACUGAGGAGCUGCUGCACGUAAACGAUGACCUAAAUAACAUUUUCUUGCGCUACGAAAGAUACGAGAGGUUUAGAUCUGGAAGGUCUACAGCCCAGGGUGUCAACAAUGGGGUCUUAAGUGAAGCAACAGAGGACAACCUCAUAGAUUUGGGUCCCGCCUCGCCAGCAGUGGUCAGCAAUAUGCCCAACGCUGCUCCAACCAGCUUGCCUCCAAGCAUCACCGCCACCGUUGGAAGACCAUCCUCUCCAGCCACCUUGGCCUCUCGUUUGGCUGGACUUGAUGUUGGUGCCGACAGUGUGAGCAGCACCCUGAGCUCUUUAUCCAGCUGCAAGCCUCCACCUUCCCAGGACGAAUUUGACGUGUUUGCCCAAACUAGGACUGGAUCCCUCCCAGAGCCUAAAAAGACGACUGAAGCAGAUGACAGCCAUGCUGCUCCAGCUGCUUCUCUUCAGCCCACUCUGGACGUCCAACAGCCGCGUGCAGCAGCGUGUGUCGGAAGCCCGUCCUCUGUCAUGGAUGACAUAGAGGAAUGGCUAAGUACUGAUGUGAAAGGAGAUGAAGGUGAGGAGGGUGUGACAAGUGAAGAGUUCGACAAGUUCCUGGAGGAGCGAGCCAAAGCUGCCGAGAUGGUCCCCAACCUGCCAUCUCCUCCAAGCGGCGAGCCCGGCGCAGCGCAGGGAACCCCGAGCCGCAAGAAGCCGGACAGACCGGAGGACGCUUUGUUUGCCAUGUAGACCAAAACGCGUCGAGUAACACUAAUUAGAUCCACUGCAGUGAUGUAACUUCAUUGAAAGGGAAUCUGUAUGUCUACACGGGGAAAAAAAUGAACUAAACUUUCUAUUUUCAUAUGUUUAAAAAAAAAAAAAAAAAAAAGGAUGAAUGGCAUGAAAUGACAAUGACAUAAUGUGUGUGUCUUCGUGCUCGCACGUAGAUGUAAGUGGGUUGCCCACCCUAAAACCACCUAGCAUGCAGUACACACGAUUAGUCAGUUAUGUUUUGUUACUAAACUCUCUGGUUUGGUUUUCCUGUCCUGAGCAUCCCUACGGCAAUAUUUUUUUUUCCUUUCAGUCCCUCUGCAAGUAGGCAUGAGUUAGAGUGUAAAUGUGUAAAUGACUAAUGUUCCUUUUUGUGUAUAUUCAAGCGAUGUAUGUUGGAGAGAAAUUUAUUUUACAGUCGAAAUGUAGGAGGAAAGGGAAGGCCAAUGAGCUUGUAUUUCCUGGCUGCUGCUGAUGAUUAGGGAUGUGCCCCACAAUGCUGCACAAGGAAAGGGAACCUCAUGAUGUAAUGCGUUUAAAAGAAGUGACUUUAGUUUGGCAUGGUCGUACAACUAAUGUUUUAUUUGAGGUCCAUUCUGCCUUUUCUGUGUUUAUGUGAUGUGAUCAUAUUAAUGCCGAGAAAAUAAUUUAUGGGUUGUUGUAUUUUGUUUGUCGUCGUCUUUAGUUCCAAGGACCAAAUGUGUUAUUUCCAUUGAAUACAGAAAGAAGGACUUCAGCACA